UUUCCUGUCAAAAUCUUUUUGAACUUGAGAAAACGAUCAAAAAGAUCACUUCCAUCAAGCCACACAAUCCAAACCUCCGCACCACCACCCAGUAUUGUUGGCACUUGUCAUUCAAGUGUUUGAGGUCCUUCGGAGAGGAGGCAGCAUACCGGUAGCUACAAUCAGAUAGGGGAAUUCAAUCAUAGUACAGUUAUCCACGAAGUACCGGUAGACAAGUCGGUUUAGCAGAGUAGAGUACAAUAUACCUUUCGACAUCUACCAUACCAUUCCGAGUAUUAUCGUACCAUGACGGACACUGCUGCAAAAACAACAACAGAAGAUGUUGAUACAACGAUUACACCGUUGCCCGAUACGAUCAAGGGCAAGGCAGACUGGAGAAGCUUUCGUUCUUUCCAGCUGGCCAAUGGAGUGAGAUGCACUCUUGUCCACGACCCGGAAUCGAAAACAUUCGCAGCAGCCGCCGUGGCAGACACAGGUGCCGGUGCCGAUCCCCGUUCGAUGCCUGGUGUGGCCCAUUUCGUAGAGCACUGUUUGUUUUUGGGGUCCGAAAAGUACCCCGAUGAAAACGGCUACAAAUCCUUCUUGGCCGCCCACGGUGGUCGCAGCAAUGCAUCGACCAGUUUGCACACGACAACGUACAAAUUCGAAAUUUUAGCCGAGUUUGGAGAAGCCGCAUUGGAUCGCUUUGCCCAGUUCUUUGUGGCGCCGCUCUUUACGCGCAGUGGCACCGGGCGAGAAGUGCAAGCCGUCGACAGUGAAAACUCCAAAAACUUGACGGCAGACAAUCGCCGACGAUUGCAAAUGCUCAAGGGAUUGGCCGAUCCGACUCACUACUAUUCCAAAUUCACCACGGGAAACUCGGCCACCAUGCCCACGGCCAAUGACGAACAAUUGGAACAAUUGCGAGCCACGCUCUUGGCAUUUCACAAGAAACAUUACACUCCCGAUCGUCUCCUGGUCGUCGUGGCAGGACCACAGUCUCUCGACGAGUUGCAGGAAUACGUCGUGUCCAAAUUCUCACCCUUGCGUGCCCGAGAGUUUCCUUCUAACAUUGCGGAAAUGACAGAUGCCGAACGUCAAGUCCACGAGGCGGCACAAGAUUUACCCAACUAUUCGUUUUACAAACCAAUUCCUCCCUAUCGACCACCCUUUCAAUCCACAUUGCAAAAGGACUUUGGCGGUUGGCCGGCUCUACUCACCACACGGCCCUUGAAAUCACUCCGCAAACUCAGUCUCAUGUUUCAAGUGCCGUCGGACCGGGAACAUCCCGAUCAAAGUCCCGUGCAUGUCCUGAGUCAUUUACUCGGCCAUGAAGGGCCGGGGUCGUCUUUUGCCGUCUUGCAAAACCAUGGACUCCUCAGUAGUCUUGUCGCGGGGCCACGCACGUCGGGACCUGACUUUUGUCUCUUUCAAGUUGAAAUGAAUUUGACCGAACAGGGAGAAGAACGCUGGCAAGAAGUGGCCGACGUUAUUUUUGCCCAUUGUCGACUCUUGCAUCAGGCCGCACUGACAUGUCAGCAGCAAUCUACUACAGGUACUACGACAGAUACCGAACUCCAUCGCAUUUGGGGGGAAGUGGCCGCCCUGAGGAGAAUCUUUUUUGAUCAAACAUCGCCCGGUGGAGUCUACGAUUUUGCACCCGGGCUCGUUGGGUCGGUGUUGGUGAAUGGCACGGAAAAGUGCAUGAGCUCAGGGAGCAUGCUCAAUGAAUCGGCACAGACGUUGCCCUUGGAGGAUAUCAUCAAGUUUGCGGCACUCCUUGUUCCCAGCAAUUGUAUUAUCGAACGUUGCAGUCAUGCCGCCUGGGAUGCCAUGGAACAACAGCAUGGUGAUGAUGUAACAACAAAAAAGGAAAAUGGCAACAGCACCAUCAUCAAGGCCGAAAAGCAAAAAGAGCCAUGGUACGACAUUGGUUAUUACCUCGGCCAAAUCAAUCCCAAACAAAUUCAACAUUGGGAGGGGUCAAACGUAGAGGACAAUGGCGGCAAGUUGGCACGCAUCGAUCACAAUCUAUUGCAUCUGCCAAAACCCAAUCGAUACAUUCCAAGGUCGCUCGAACUGUGUCCUGAACUUCCAGAAGAAGCCAAAGCAGGGCCUCGCAUUGAAAAGGAGAUUGAUCCUCCCAAUCUGCUCAUCGACAACAAACUCGGUCGUCUCUUUCAUCGUUUGGAUGAUCGUUAUGCAUUGCCCAAGUCAUCGUUGACAUUGCUAUGGCGAAAUGCGGCCGUUGAAAACGACCUGGUAGAUGAUUCUUCUUGGGAGUACAGUGUCUCGUCAUCAGUCUACUCGUCGCUCCUCUCGGGGAUGUUUUCGGAGCACAUGGCACAAGACACGUACGACGCAGAACUGGCGGGGCUGUACUGGUCGUUAUCCAUGACAAGCUCGGGAAUAAAAUUGGCUUGUAGUGGAUUCUCGGAUCGUUUAGCGGACUUGGCAUUGGUGGUUUUGGAAGAAUUUGUCAGUGGGAAUGCAGUGAAAGAAGUGUAUUUGACAAACGCCCAAGACCGAGUGGUACGCAAUCUAGCUACCUAUUUUGCGUCGAGGCGCAGCGAUUCCAUUGCUGUUUACUAUCGAGAUCUGUUGAUUGCGGCCCACGCAUUGGGUAUCGACAGUUCCUUGGAAGUUGCCAAGACGGUUACACUGGAAUCUGCUCGUGAACAGCACAAAAAGCUAGUUGGGAAUCCGCAAGUUGAGGUGGACUGUCUCUAUUCGGGAAACGUCUCUGCAAAGGAUGCCAAAGUCUUUUUUGAAAAAGCCUCGAAGCUGAUCACGGAUGCAGGUCCAGCGCACAGACUGAACUUGGAAGAAGAAAAGCUCUGGAUUCCAGGUCCUUUGGAGUAUCAACUUCCAGCAGGCGACACGGCCUUGCACUUUCCUAGUAACAAUCCAAACGAAGAGAAUGGUGCCGUUCUUGUAACGUAUCAAUCAUCCGUUCCAGGCUACAAAGGCCCAAAUCUUUCUUCCCCUGACAGCUUGCACAGCUCAGCCUCCAUGCGAUUGCUGAGUCACAUCUUAAGGGAGCCUUUGUUUGAUGAACUGAGAACCAAGCAACAGUUGGGUUACAUUGUCCACUCGUACUACGACCUUGCCUUCUCGUCGAAGGCCCCAACCAAAGCUGGUUCGAAUGAGCCCUUGAUGACACCUGUAGAUUGCCUUGUCGUCAACGUGCUGAGUAAGAAAGUGGCCCCGGCGGAGGUUGCCAAGAGAAUUGAUGAAUUCUUGUUGGACUUUCGAACGACGUUGGAGAAUACCCCCGAUUCAGAGAUUUCGGACCAUGCCAAGGCGCUUUCAACAAAACUAUUGAAACCGAUUCAGAAAUUGGGAACCGAAGCAGGAUCACACUUUGGGAAAAUUAGAAGAUAUGGCCCUGAAAUCCUCAUGAGCGGUGGCAGCGACCGCGAUCUACCAUGGGACAAUUCCAGGGUCAUGGCCGCCGCAAUUCAAAAUCUGAAAAAAUCAGAUCUGGUCAAGACGUGGGACCGCCUCAUCCAACCCAAAACGAGAUCGCGAGUAACAUCACACGUCUAUGGAUCCACGUUUCCGCUUCCGCCAGAUCUGAGCAAGGCAACGUCUUCGAGGAAGAUUGUCAACAGCGUGGAGGAUCUGGUCAAGCUUCGCUCCAAGUUGAAUCGGUACCAAGAAGGUGCGACUAGCCAGGGCUUCACGAGUCAGUUCCUCAACCGAUUGUCUUCGAACAAAGCGUACGCUGGUGCUGCGGCUGUGGCUAUCUUUGGUGUUGGGUACAUUGGAUUUUCAAUGCUCAACAAAAGCAAACGAGUUGGCAAAUAAUUGUUUAAACUUCAAUUUUGUUCCGACCGCUUUCUGCGCUUAGCCCAGCCCGGUUUCUGUGCUUUUCUUGUAUCACACUUCGGGCAAAUUGUCGUCGAAUGAUGCGGCUUCGGUCAUUCAUUGUUGUUAGCCGCGGUCAGAGAAAUCUGACUUCAUUAGUUCUCGGGCCAAAAGUCGCCGUCUCUGAGGUCCUCCCUCCAUGGUGCUUUUAUCGGAUCAGCUAUCUCUUCUCAAACCAACGGCGUGCUCUCAUUGCCCCCCUGCGAAUUAUUGUCGGACUCGUCCUUGGGUGCAGCCCCCGCCCCUCGUCCCGCUAGAUGAUACAAAAGCCAGAUUGCGCUCAGAACCAGACCAAGGCAACUCAUGCAAAACGCCACAAGAUGGGCUCCCAUAUGCAAUUGGUCUUGGAGGAACCCAGCAGCGUAGGCCGAUGUUGCCUCAAACAAAAGUGCCAAAGCAAAAUCAACUGACAGAACUCGACCCAUCAUCUCAUCAGAUGAAAACUUUUGCAAAAGAAUAGAAGACAAAAUCCAAUUCACGGAUGCGCCUCCUGCACGGACAAGUGUGAAGAAACAUAUGCACCAAAAUGGUUCAAAAAAGGCAAUGCCCCCAAAUCCAAGUGCCGAAAUCGCGAGAGAUACAAUACACAUUUUCUGAAUUGAUGUUGGAUGUUUCAUGUCGACAAGCCGAUCUGCCAUUAAGGGGAACAAAAAGCAGCCAAAACCCAUGCAGGCAAACAGCACACCCAAUCGUGUGGAUGUAUAGGGAUCGUCCAUCCCAUUGGGCUCCGAGAAGCUGACAUUCAAGACAUCACUGGCACCAACUGAAACACAGUUGGAUGCCUUCAACAAGACCAAAGCUCCAAAGAAGGAUGUCCUCAGGUAAUUGAAACCGUCCACAGCCAUGCCCUUGAUUUGACCCAAAACCGUCAAAUGUUUCUCCGCAUCCGAUGCAACAUUCCAAGUGCCCCCAACAAGGUACAUGAGGAAGGCCGAUAAUAGGUAGGUGCAAGAGUCCAAGACUUUUGCCAUUUGCGGUCAGUUAGGGUAUUCUCGUAGGCAGCAGUCUGGAACCACAUUUGAUGCAGCAGCACAACAUAACUUACAGAAGCAUGCACGAAAACCCAGGUAUGUUAGCACAACGCCUCCCAAUGCGCUACCGACUGCCGCAAACAAGGACCACGACAGUCCCUGAAUUGUUGUUGCCUUUUUGAGAUAAUUGUCCGAUUGAGGCAUGUCGGCCACCAUCAAAGGUAGGAUUGCGGACACACAUGGUUCGUACAAUCCUGAUAUUGUUUGCUGCAAAAUGGUGACCAGAUAAAUUAUCAGAAUGGACCUGUAGUACAUGGCCACUAGAAAGAAAAGGGGGCAGAUGGACCCCAAAAUAUCCAGGAGAAUCAUAGUCUUCCGUCGAUCAGCUCCAUCCGCUAGAAUGCCACCAAAGGGACUUAAGAAAACGUUUGGAAGCAGCCGUACCACCACCAAGAUACUAAUGGUAGUCCUAGAUGUGGUCCCCGUGUCAGUCAGAAACUCCUCCGCCAAUGCAAUAGAGGCAAUGUAGGUAAGCCACUCACCCAUGUGCGUGAUUAUGAAUGAGCAAAUAUAGAGUCGAAAAGCACGGUUUUUCUUCAUCAGAUUCCAGUAGGUCGCCUCCUCUUCCACUUUUUUGGGUUUCCCCAAUUUGUGGACGCUCUCGCUGCCAUUCUCCGUCGACCCAUAGCCAUUGCCAUUGGUUGUGCCGUAGCCUUUAUCAGAAGGCGUCGUGCCAUUGCCUGUUAGCCCGUGGCCAUUGGUUGUGCCAUCGACUUCUUCAGAAGACGCCAUUGCCACUAACUUUGAAUAGUUCGUUGACUCCGGGGGUUUCGCGUUUCGCAGCCCACUUCCCAGAAAUCUUUCCAAUUUAGCCUUAAAAUUGGUAUCC